AUGUCUUACUCACAAGCAUCUCAAUCCCACUACUCCUUCUGCGCUGAUUCAGAUCUAGGUCUAAAUACCGACCUUCUUUAUUCAGAUGAUAUCUCUGAGCUUAUUAGCAGCCAAACUCCAUUGACAUCUACGUCUCAAAUUUCAUCUCCGAUUGCACCCCUCUCGCUUACGCGUGUUGGCCUCCCUCUUCAGCAGUAUUGGGUCCUCUAUUCCUCUGAGCCUAGUAGCGAGAUGGAAGAAUCUCGUAAGCGCUUUAUAAGUUGGUGGUUAACUACAGAGUCUGGAUCAACACCUGAUAUACAAGACUCUAUCCGUUGGGAUGGGAAAAAGACUUCAAGUGUCUGGGACAAUUUCAAUCAGGUUGCACAUGAGAAGACUGGCAAGCCAAAGGUUAUGUGCAUAUCAUGCCUCUGUACCCUUGUUCAUCUAAGAUAUCGCCGUGCUGGGUCAUCACCGAUGAAUGCACAUAUUAAGGCAGGCACCUGUACUCGGAAGCCAGUUACUCAGAGGGUUGAUCAGCUACUAAGAAAGAUGCCAUCGAUCCCAAAACACCAACCUUUCUCCCAGGAGCGUCUCGUUAAAGCGAUCCUAGACUUUAUCUCAGCGGCUCACCUACCCUUCCGAAUCGUGGAGCAUACCCAAUUCAAGGACCUAGUAGAGGUCAUUCAACAAGCUCAAAGCAAGAUCGAUAUACCAUCCGCGCGAAGCAUACGACUUCUCAAGCGAGAGUUUCAACGAUAUAAAGAGAUACUUCACCGUGAUUCAGAUAAUACAGUCUUACAAGAUACCACGAGAGAGGCCCCGGAUGAUGAAUAUGAGGUUAUUAAGGAGUAUCUCUCUAUUGGGGAAGCUGCGUUAUUAGACCAAGCUCGGAAACCAAUGCUCCAUCUUGAAACUCUUGAGCCAAUUAGUGACAACGAAGAGGAGGAUCAAGAGCCUAGCAUACAGGACACACAACAGAAGAGGAGCUGCAAUGAUGAUUCAGAUGAUGAGAGGAAUAAUGAUCAAAGUAAGCAAGUGCAGCGUAAGCGAUCAAAGAAACGAUUAUCUGAAUCUCUUGAUGAAGAUGACGAUGACCUUCCAGAAAUGCCAAUAGAUGAGAGCAUGCUGGGACGGUCAGGACGAAUUCGAAAGCAGCCUAGGUUACCUGAUGGAUUUCAGAUUGAUUUAAGGUAG